UUCUUCACAACAACCCUAUUCUCAGUCCUUUCUCAACUUCUAAUACAUAACAAUGGAUUCAUCUUCUUCUUUCAAAGCCAUUGUGACUUUGGCUUUCCUUUUUGUUUUCAUGGGAAGCUCUUCAGCUCAACUUUCACCAACUUUCUAUUCCUAUUCUUGUCCCGAUCUUUUUCCCACUGUGAAAUCUGUAGUGCAAUCUGCAAUAUCAAAUGAAGCCCGGAUGGGCGCUUCUCUUCUUCGAUUGUUCUUCCAUGACUGCUUUGUUAAUGGUUGCGAUGGAUCAAUCCUUCUUGAUGACACAUCUACGUUCAUAGGGGAGAAGAGGGCAGCUCCAAACUUUAAUUCUGUUAGGGGUUUUGAUGUUGUUGACAAUAUAAAAUCUGCAGUGGAAAAUGUAUGCCCUGGCGUAGUCUCAUGUGCUGAUGUGUUGGCCAUUGCUUCCAGAGACUCUGUUGUUAUUCUUGGAGGGCCUGACUGGAAUGUAAAACUGGGAAGAAGAGAUGCUAGGACAGCGAGCCAGGGUGCUGCCAAUAGCAGCAUUCCUCCUCCGACUUCUAACCUUACUGCCCUUGUCUCUAGUUUCAAUGCUGUUGGCCUUUCCACCAAGGACGUGGUUACUCUAUCUGGUGCUCACACAAUUGGACAAGCAAGAUGCACCUCCUUCAGAGCACGCAUAUAUAAUGAAACCAACAUAGACAGUUCAUUUGCUCAAACAAGGCGAGGCAACUGCCCGAGCACCUCUGGCUCAGGAGACAACAAUUUGGCACCUCUUGAUCUUCAAACCCCAACAGCUUUUGACAACAACUACUAUAGAGACCUUGUCAACCAGAGAGGGCUCCUUCACUCUGAUCAACAACUUUUCAAUGGUGGAUCAACCGACUCAAUUGUGCAGACAUAUAGCAGCAGCCAAAGCACCUUCAACUUUGAUUUUGUAGCGGCCAUGAUCAAGAUGGGUGAUAUUAGCCCCCUCACCGGAUCAAAUGGAGAGAUAAGGAAGAACUGUAGGAAGAUUAAUUAAAGGGCAUGUUCAUACGUAUGAGCUUGAAUUAUUAUUAAAGUGGUUGUUGACCUAUUCUCAUGAUAGGGAUGUUUGUUUUGAUAUAGUAAGUUUUGGUGCCUUGUGUGGGUAUCAAGGCACUUGCCAUGUCAAAGAAUGCGUGCUUAGUUUAGUCUACAAGUGGACUUGAUUGGACUUUCAUAUUUUUCCAUAAAUAAAAUAUUUAAUAAGUUUUUGAACA